CUGACUGUUGAUUUUAGAGCUUCUGCUAUUCAAAGCAGCUGCUGCAUGUCCUGAGCUCGCAGCAGUGGGGCGUCGAUUCGAUGCUGCAGGCUCAUUGAGCAGCUCCAGCGUUGUCUCUGUCGUCAGCUGUGCAUCAGAAAGGCGGCGAUGGAGACGAGGAGCAGCCUCCCGGAACUUUUCCUGCUGCUGCUCGUCAGCACCUCUGCCUCUGGACUCGGAUCCGUGUUAGUCAGACGGAGGUUCGAGAUCCCGGGUUACAGCUCUUGGACGACUUCUCAGACCUUCUGCAGGAGUUCUUCUUGGUACAAGGACCUGGUCACCCUUCACACGCGGUCCGAUGAAGACUCACUGAACCUACAGCCGUUUUAUGUCUGGGUCGGGCUGCAGAAGGGCCUCCUGAACAAUUGGACCUGGAUUAAUGGUCAGGCGCUGAACACCAGCCGCCUGCCCAUCGGGAACACGCUGCUCGGGGACAGUUGUGCUUACUACAGUUACAUGGACAAUAAGUUCUACGUCGGCAUUUGUGACAGCUUUUACUUCUUCUUAUGCUCCAAGCUCAACGCCAGCAACGUUUACGAAUACACCUUCAUAAACCAGUCGAAGACGUGGUCCGAUGCUCGGCUGUACUGUCAGAACGGCCUCGGGGAUCUGGGCGUCUCCGAGGACGACCUGCAGCUGAAAAAAGCUGUGUACCAGCAGGACUACCCGGCGUGGAUCGGCCUCUACAGAGACGGGGCAACGUGGUCGUGGAGCGCUGGUCUGUCCGAAUACAGGAACUGGGCCCCGAAUGAGCCGGGGAACAAUGGGGACUGCGUCGCCAUCUCCUCUGUGAGCAAAACCAUGACGACCCAAAACUGCUCGGCCCGUUAUCCCUUCAUCUGCUUCGUGGACAACCUGCUGCUGGUGAAGGAGAACCGGACCUGGGAGGAGGCGCUGGAAUACUGCAAAGAACUCAACGCACAGCUGGUCAGCGUGCAGCCUGAAGACUACACCUACAUAAGUGACAGAGCGAUGGAGGCCGACACAGACGAGGUGUGGACGGGCCUCCGCUUCCUGGCUGGUAGCUGGUUCUGGACCAACGGCGCCAGUCUGCAGCUCCCGGAGCUGCCCCUCUGUCCCCUCGGCGAGCAGCACUGUGGAGCCUUCUCCAGGGAGAACGGCAACAGUUUGGCAACCAGCGACUGCUCAGCCACAAAGAACUUCCUGUGUUACAGCUCAUGGUAGAGACAGAGAACAAGGAACGUACGUAAGCAGUCCCACAUCUGCACAAGCCUACCUCCAGGUCCCCUACACCCUCCAGCACCAUCCGUCCUUCUGAGCCACAUCCUCGUCAACCUCUCCGAGGCCUGAACCGUCUUUCUUGGUUCUCAUUAAAAUCCUCAUGUUCUGUGACGUGUCUUGUCUCUGUUGGAAUCUAUAAGGAAAUGUUUGUUGUGACUGGAUUUUCACUGUGUGUAAUGAAGCUGGCAGCUCAUCUGAGUGAGAGGGUGUGGCAGAUGUUGGGGUCAUUGUAGAGUUUAGACACAGAAUGUAUCUGGUCCCUGGAUGUAACUAGCUUUGAAAAGUCCUGAGAGGGUCGAUAAAUAUACUAAGCCCACAUUAAAGACAACUGAAAAAGAUGAACUCUUAUCGGAGGAUAAACAACAAACAAGACCUUUGUGAUGUGUUUAAUCCAUCUGAUUGUUGGCACCAUCACCAUCAUUAUAGACCGGGUGAGUUCUAACUAACCUGUGAAGAUCAGACAGUGUCAUUUGGUCCAUCACCUCGUCCUGUGUGGCAGCAGACAAACUCACUGGUUUGGUCAGUACAGGUGGAGAAAACUGUCAAAUGGGGCAGAUCAUACAUAUGUAUAUCUAUAAUGUAUCAUAUUAACUGGUCUAAUUAAUAAUUAUGCUGAGUCAC